GAAUGCGCAAUAGAGCUGUGGGAUCUCAUGCCAUGAAUGAUCAUUCCUCCCGAUCACACACUAUACUCACGGUACACAUAAUAUCCGAACAACAAACUGAUGGUGGAGUAUUUUUAUCGAAACAUGGAAAAAUCAAUUUUGUGGAUCUGGCAGGUAGCGAAUUGACUAAGAAAACAAUGAGCGAAGGAAAAACUUUAGAAGAAGCCAAUAAUAUUAAUAAAAGUUUAAUGGUAUUGGGGUACUGCAUUGCCUCCCUCAGCGAUAGUAAAAAACGUUUUGGUCACAUACCCUAUCGUGACAGUCAAUUGACCAAAUUACUGGCCGAUAGUUUGGCCGGUAAUGGUGUUACUCUUAUGAUAGCUUGUGUCUCACCGGCCCAAUAUAAUUAUGCUGAAACUUUGAAUACCUUACGUUAUGCCUCGCGUGCCAAGCGCAUACGUACCAAACCUGUUAUAAUGAUGGAUCCAAGAGAAGCUCUAAUACUUAGUCUCAAGCGGGAUGUUCAAUCUUUACAAAUGGAGAAUGAACAUUUAAAAGCGGCCUUGAAUUUACAUCAUAAUUCGAUUAAAGAAGUUGGUAUUGAAGGUUCAGAAAUAAUGGAAAUUCCCACAGAUCAUGGUGGUGUUAUACCGAAGGUGGAUUUGGAACGUUUGCCUGAACUGGAUGGCAGUGAAUUGGCGGAAUUGGUGAAAUUAUAUAUGCAAGAAAAUGAGGCUUUAAGGCAAGAGAACAAUCAUUUGUUUACGGUACGCGAGACUAUACUCAGGGAUCAGGAGAUUGUGUGUCGAGAAAAUGAACGUUUACUUAAGAAAUUGGAGGAUGUUAACAAAGUUUGUGUUCGUUCUCCUCUAAUACCUGCCAGGCCAGCAAUAUCAUCGGGUUCGGGCAGUGAAACUGCAGGCACAGAAAUUUGGACCAAUCCACAGGAUUCGCAAACAGAUGAGGAGAAUCCACCCAACCUACAAGGUCGCAUUUCGGAAAACAAUGAAAAACGUUCACACGAAGAACAGCGUGAAAUCGAUCAACAACGUAUUGCUCGUAAUAUCUUGGAAAUGGCCAAUAAUUUUCCCAAAAUUCUAUCGGAAAAAAAGAAGGAAGAAACAAAUAACCAACAAACAAAUGCUCAAAAUACAGUACAAGUGGACUUACAUUCUCCUAACAAUGGCCUAAUGCCAGACAUGUUAAUUUAGAAGUUUUAACCAGAAGGGAUCAAAUAAAAAUUGUUAUCACUAAAAGAAAAUAGUUUAUAGUUUUAUAAGUGGUCUCAAUUUUUUAUAAAAACUUAUUUUAUAUAAUUAAGAGUUGAUUGAUAAAAGUUUACAUAUAUGAAACGAAC